CGUGGUGCGAGAGCGAACAAUUGACGAUAACACACAUAAACAAACAAACGUUUCAACACACCAUUUCUGUAUUAUAUCAGACAACUUAAAACAAACGUAUCUGUUUGACAAAGCGCGAGUUUAUCUUUACGUGAAGGACUGAGGCUGUAGAGGAAACAUGCCGCGGAAAAAGAGAACAGGGGGCAGUAGUUCCGAUGGGACUGCUGAUUCUGAUGACUCCGGGGAUCAUGAGAAGACCGACAGUGAAGCCAACCAGCGCAAUAACACCCGCAUGACCCGAGCAUCACUGCGCAUGAGCCAGAGCUCACAAGAUGCCCCACCAGAUGUGAAGCAAGCAGCAGAGAGAGAUGAGUCUCCCCCCAGGACACCCACGGGAAAUGCCCCCUCAUCUGAAUCAGACAUUGACAUAUCCAGCCCCAACGCAUCCCAUGAUGAGAGCAUGACUAAAGAACAGAAAGACUCUGGCAGUGAUCCCUCUCAUCGGCCAAAACGGCGGCGUUUCCAUGAGAGCUACAACUUCAAUAUGAAGUGCCCCACACCUGGGUGUAAUUCUCUAGGACAUUUAACCGGGAAGCAUGAACGUCAUUUCUCGAUAUCUGGCUGUCCUCUUUACCAUAACCUCUCAGCAGAUGAGUGCAAGGUGAAAGCCGUUGAGCGUGAAAAACAAGAGGAAGAGCGCAGUCAGGGGCAAAACGAGGAGAACAGACAUGCUACUCGACAUCAGGCUCCAACACCAAGACAGGUUCGUUAUAAGGAGAAGGUCAUAGAGAUGAGGAAGAGGAGGGAUUCUGGCCUAACCAAAGACCUAAAAGAAAAGUACAUGGAGCACAGACAGACACAUGGGACCACUCGCGAACCACUCCUGGAGAACAUCACCAGCGAAUAUGAUCUGGAACUCUUCAGAAAAGCGCAGUCCCGUGCAUCAGAGGAUCUGGAGAAACUGCGACUACAGGGUCAUAUCACUGAGGGCAGUAAUAUGAUCAAGACUAUUUUGUUUGGUCGCUAUGAACUGGACACUUGGUACCAUUCUCCCUACCCUGAAGAGUAUGCUCGACUUGGACGUCUGUAUGUUUGUGAGUUUUGCCUGAAGUAUAUGAAGAGCCAGACCAUCCUGCGCCGACACAUGGCCAAAUGUGUGUGGAAACACCCCCCUGGUGAUGAGGUCUACAGAAAAGGUGCCAUCUCUGUGUUUGAGGUUGAUGGGAAAAAGAACAAGAUCUAUUGCCAGAACCUGUGUUUGUUGGCCAAGCUGUUCCUGGACCAUAAAACACUGUACUAUGAUGUGGAGCCUUUCCUGUUUUAUGUCAUGACUGAAGCUGAUAGCACAGGCUGUCACCUAGUGGGCUAUUUCUCAAAGGAAAAGAACUCCUUCCUGAAUUACAAUGUGUCUUGCAUCCUGACCAUGCCGCAGUACAUGAGGCAGGGCUACGGCAAGAUGCUGAUUGAUUUCAGUUACCUGCUGUCGAAGGUUGAGGAGAAGGUGGGCUCUCCUGAGCGUCCUCUGUCAGAUUUGGGGCUCAUCAGUUAUCGCAGCUACUGGAAGGAGGUGCUGCUGCGCUACAUGUGCAACUUCAAGGGCAAAGAGAUUUCCAUCAAGGAGAUCAGUCAAGAGACCGCAGUGAAUCCAGUGGAUAUCGUCAGUACUCUGCAGUCACUUCAGAUGCUCAAGUACUGGAAGGGGAAGCAUUUGGUCUUAAAGAGACAGGAUCUGAUUGAUGAGUGGAAGGCCAAAGAGACCAAAAGGGGCAGCAACAACAAGACAAUAGACCCCGGCUCUCUAAAAUGGACCCCUCCCAAAGGAACCUAAUGGACUCUUUUGUUGUAUUCAUGUUUCACAGCCUUUAAGACUUUUUAUGAUGUUAACUUCAUCAGUUAACUUCAAUGUCUUUUGCAAUUACUUGAGCUGUUAAUGUCAUUUUGUAUUUUUGAUGUGCCCUUUGUAACUCUGAGAUCACUCACUUUUGUUUUAUACAGUGUUAUUUAUUUUUUUGAAUACUCAUUUCAGAAUAUUUCACUGGCCAAAGUAUUUUCUUGCCCCAGUGGAAAUGAUUUUAAUCAGUAGAAUAUAGUACAAAAUAUUGGGGGCCUUACAAAAAACAUUUAGAUUUAAAUAGACAUUCUUCUUUCUCUUUAAUGAAUGUAACAGUGUGUCCAUUUAAAUCACAAAGCACCUGUCAUUUUUGAUAAUACCUUUUAUUAAGUCACAUUUGAUAUCUAAGGCAAGACUUUUACUUGCUUAAGUACUCAUCUUACAACAAUGUUAUAAGUAUAGCAUUGUGUCAGUCAAUAAUAAUUCUGUAUUGAUAUACAGAAGUGAUCUCUGUCUCCAUAAAAUCUGUAAUACAGCAUUGGAAACUUUGUUCUCUUAAUCAUUAUCAGUAGUACUGCAGUUUGUCCCAUUCCUCCUGCAAAUCUGCUGUGUGAAAAAGAACAUUGUUUCAGACUUGUUGGUUGUGGUUCAUUUCAUCAAUUUCUAUAAAUACAUUUUUGAACUUCCAGUGUUGUACCUGAUUGUUUGUUUAAAUCUGCGGAUUUGUCCAUUGCUGUACUUGUCUCUGGAAUUGUUCUCGUUACAGGACCUGCAGUUAUAAAAUCAGAUUACCUAUUGCUACAUAAUUCAUAAUAGUAUAAAGCAUACUUUGCAGUGUACAGGUAAAAACUAUACUUUAAGUUGCUAACGAAAUAUUUACUAAAUGAAUUACCAGCACUGAAGACAUUAAACAGGCUGCAAAACCUUGUUUUGCUGAUAUAGGCAGAGUAAACAUUAGGUGUGUCUGAAUAAAUUGCAUUAAGACUUACCUACAAAAGAUCUCUUCCCCAUGAGUCCCACAAACAUAUCCCCUUUAUGCCCUGUGAGGAAAGUUGCACAUUGUAAGAGACUUGAAACAAAAACAGGUCUACGCACCAACAAAUACAGUAUUUUUGAAAUAUAUACGCUUUUUAAUUUCAUAGAGAUUUUCCAUGAAAUUCAGUAAUCAAAAAAAACAAAACAGUUUUUAUUUAAUUUUAAAGAUUACACAAUUCAAUUUGGUGGAAAUUUGUUAUUAACUUGA